ACCAACUAAAUUACCUAAAACUCUUGAUAAUAAUGAAAAAAAUGAUACUUUGUUAGAAAAUGAAUAUCUACUUGAUUCUGUAAGUUCAGAAGAUCAAAGUCAUGAAAAACAAUCAGAUAACGAAGAUAGUAAAAAAAAAAACGUAAAUUUAUAG